UUCGUUGGCGGUCUAUUCCAACCAUGCGUUCCACUCUUGCGACAAGUACGGCUCUGCUGUCUUUGACAUCGUUAACAUGGGCCUUGCUCAAGGCUUCGGAAAACAACAGCACCCUUGUCAUAUCUAACGAGCGCCUCGUCGCUGGUGUCAGCAAGACCCGCGGCUACAUCAACCUGCUCACGCUUGACGGUCAGAACCUGCUUGGGAAGGAGGAUGGUAACACAGGCGUAGGACCAUACCUUGACUGCUAUUGUACUCCAUCCGGAUUCUGGACACCCGGUCGAGGCAGCAAUGUAGACUACCAACUAUUCAACGGAACGGAUGCAACCGGUGUAAAGUAUGGAGGCAUCAGCAUGGGCGAGACAUACGCACCUACCGGCCAGCGUUUGGAACAGUACUGGUUCUUGAGAGAAGGCGAGACAGGUCUGCAUACUUUCAGUCGCGUCGCCUACUACAACGAGACUGCGCCAUUUCUGCGUAAUCUGCAGGAAUUGCGGACUAUGUUCAGACCUAACCAUGAUCCUCCUCUGUUCACCCAUUUCGUAACAAACGAGGAGUUUGCUGCUCCUAGGCCAAGCACUGAAGGCCAGGUGACUGUGCAGGAUGCCACUUGGUACCUUCCCAACAAGGACGAUCCGUAUGUUCAGCAGGUGGGCGACUAUUUCACAAAGUACACAUUCCAGGACACAUGGAGGAAGCACAAGUCCCACGGCAUGUGGGCAGAUGGAUCUGGCAGUGCCAACGGAUCAACAUACGGCGCAUGGCUGGUACAUAACACCGUCGAGACCUACUUCGGCGGACCGCUGCACUCGGAUCUCGUCGUCGACGGAAUCGUCUACAACUACAUCAGCAGCAACCACCACGGUGACCAGACCCCUAAUAUCACCCAUGGCUUCGACCGGACCUUUGGACCACAAUACUUCCACUUCAAUAAAGGCGGUUCCCUUGAGGAACUACGCGCUGAUGCUGACCAGUACGGUCUCAACCCUAGCUGGAACGCAAGAUUCUAUGACUCCAUUGCGAAGCAUGUUCCCAACCUAGUCACUGCAGCUGGCCGUGGCACUUUCAAGGCCAAAGUUGACUUGCCCAAGGGAGCUAAGAAUGCCAUCGCUGUCCUCGCUCAGAGCGGUGUUGAUUACCAAGACAACGUCUACGAUACGAAGGCCUACCAGUACUGGGCUGAGGUGUCGUCGAAUGGCGAUGUGAGCAUUGACCGCGUCAAGGCUGGUAACUACCGCCUGACUGUUCACGCUGAUGGUGUCUUCGGCGAUUAUAUCCAGGACGAUGUCAAGGUCAAUGCUGGAAAGAACACCAAUAUCAAGGCGAAGUGGAACCCUGAAAGCGCUGGGACCGAGCUCUGGCGCAUUGGUACACCUGACAAGUCGUCUGGAGAGUACCGCCACGGAUAUGCUCAGUCGCCCACCCACCCUCUGCUUACCGACGAGUACAGACUGUAUUGGGCCGACUACGACUUUGUGACGGAAUUUCCCGAGGGCGUCACCUACAAAGUCGGUCGCGACGACCCCUCCCAGGCGCUCAACUACGUUCACUGGAGCAUCUUCGGUGGCAAGGCGAACUACGAGCGUCCUGAGCCUGUCUACGAGAAAAUCAACAACUGGACAAUCCUCUUCGACGCAAAGGAGCAGCAGCUCAAGAAUCGGAAGACAGCGACAUUUACUGUUCAGCUUGCAGGUGCGAAGACGGCGGCGGGCAACACCGAUGUCUACAAUGCGAGCGAGCCAUACUCCAACCUUCCGUACACUGUCAACGUUAACGGCAGGGACUUGCAGCCUUGGGUUAUCCCGUAUCACCACUCCAGUUCUUGCGCCGUAAGGUCGGCAGUUAUCUGCUACAACAUCGCAAACAAGUUCGUAUUCGAUGCAAAGCUGUUGAGGGAGGGCGAGAACACUUUUGUGUUGAGUUUGCCAUACGGUGGUAAGAACUACGAGAGCGCAUUGCUUCCUGAAGCCUUGUAUGUGCAGUACGACGCCAUGAGGUUGGAAUUGAAGUAGUAUACGCACAUAUAGGUAGCAUGACAGCAAUCGGCAUAUUUAUUCUCCUGCUUCUAUGCCUUCUGCAGCUGCAGUCGUAAUAGCUCACCAGAUCAAUAUUGUGUACGUUUGGCCAGGGCUUACAAAGGCUGUGGGUGACCGCUUCUGCCCCGCAGAGCUUAUGACCAAAGACGGCUCUUUGCCCAGAUAG